AUCAACAAGUUAUGUUAGGUUGGAUAGUUUAUUCCGGUUCUUUCCUUCUCUUACGAGUUCCGACGCUGUUUCUUGACAUCUCUUCAGGCCUUAGGGCAUCAACGGCUGAUUUCUUGGUUUGUUUUUGAGUUUUUCCGAAGAUUGAAGCUUGCUGACUCUGACUCUUAGUAUGCAGGCGUCCCGGGCCAGACUGUUCAAGGAAUACAAAGAAGUGCAGAGAGAAAAAUCUGCUGAUCCGGAUAUUCAACUUGUUUGUGAUGACUCCAACAUAUUCAAAUGGACGGCUUUGAUUAAGGGCCCUUCAGAAACUCCUUAUGAGGGUGGUGUUUUCCAGCUUGCAUUUGCAGUACCUGAACAGUAUCCUUUGCAGCCUCCACAAGUGCGAUUUCUGACGAAAAUAUUUCAUCCAAAUGUACACUUCAAGACUGGAGAGAUUUGCUUGGACAUUUUAAAAAAUGCUUGGAGCCCUGCUUGGACAUUGCAAUCUGUGUGUAGAGCUAUAAUUGCUUUGAUGGCUCAUCCAGAACCUGAUAGCCCUUUAAACUGUGAUUCAGGAAAUCUUCUGCGGUCCGGAGAUGCAAGAGGAUUCAAUUCCAUGGCAAAAAUGUACACCAAACUGGCAGCCAUGCCGAAGAAAGGAUGAGCAUAACCCCGAUAUGUUUUCUAUUCCAUGUCACUUGUAUUCUGUUUUCACUGAUGUAAGAAAUGAAGAGGAAAAUGUAUUCUUCAUAUCAUAAUUAUGUGUACAAGCUUCUAUCAAUACAGUAGACUGAAUCAAGAAUGUGUAUUUUAUUUGAUUUUCAUAACAGGGUUUUCAGUUGGGAUUGUUGCUCAUAUGUAUUUGUACUACAUUACAACAAGCAAUUGGAUGAAAGUCCUUUAUGUAUGUUAGAGCA